UUGAUGUAUAAUCUGUAAUCCAAUUUCUAGUUCCUGAAUACUGGUGUUCAAUUGCUUACUUCGAGAUGGAUGUGCAAGUUGGAGAAACAUUCAAAGUGCCAUCCAGCUGUCCUGUGGUUACUGUUGAUGGAUAUGUGGAUCCUUCUGGGGGUGACCGCUUUUGUCUUGGCCAACUUUCCAAUGUUCAUAGAACAGAAGCUAUUGAAAGAGCCAGGUUGCAUAUUGGAAAAGGUGUGCAGCUAGAGUGCAAAGGGGAAGGUGAUGUCUGGGUACGGUGUUUGAGUGAUCAUGCUGUCUUUGUGCAGAGCUACUAUUUGGAUCGAGAAGCUGGACGUGCUCCCGGUGAUGCAGUUCACAAGAUUUAUCCAAGUGCAUACAUUAAGGUGUUUGAUUUGCGUCAGUGUCACCGUCAAAUGCAACAACAAGCUGCAACUGCUCAGGCUGCAGCCGCUGCUCAAGCAGCAGCUGUUGCUGGAAAUAUCCCUGGACCGGGUUCAGUUGGAGGUAUCGCUCCAGCUAUUAGUUUGUCUGCUGCAGCGGGAAUCGGAGUCGAUGACCUGCGCCGGCUUUGUAUUCUCAGGAUGAGUUUUGUUAAAGGCUGGGGACCUGACUACCCAAGGCAGAGCAUCAAAGAAACCCCAUGUUGGAUUGAAAUUCACCUACAUCGUGCCCUUCAGCUGCUGGAUGAAGUACUUCACACCAUGCCGAUUGCAGAACCACAGCCUCUGGACUGAGUUGUUCUGCAACAACCAUUGUCUUAUUUUGGUGGGGUGGGGAGAAGACUAGAAUUCAACCUUGUUAAUAAAGUGAUGUAUUUUACCGUUGUUCAGCAUAUUCUUUGAGAACAUAAACUUUUUGGUCGAUAUGGGAGGAAAAAAAAGCAAACAGCAAAACUACUGUUUAUUUUCUCUUGACAAAAAAAAAACUCAGUAUUCAAGCUUGUGUCUUUGUUCAUCACUUUGAUACUCCACAGUAUGAUUCACAGCCUGUAUUACAUAAUCGAGACUGUAGUAGUUACCAAUAAUGGUUAUUCUACAUUCAAAUGCUGUGAAAUUGCUUAAUUUGGUGCUGCGCAGAGCUAUUUAGGUGAUUAGCUUAGCCACCUUUCUCCAAGCCCAAAACUGAACUGAAGGGCUGGGUUAAAAUGUGGGCAGUGUGAGGGUAUCAUUGUUUUAAGUUCUGAUCAAGUUGCUCGUAAUGCAUUGAAAACCUUAAUAACUAAUACCUCCAUGCCAGAAAAAGCAGAACUAAGUGGGGGAACAUACUUGUUUUGAUUUAGAAAAAAAACUGUAUUCUGGUUUACAUUUUUGAAAUUUCCAGAGCAGUCAAACACAGGUUGUAAAAUAGAUGGAUGGCAACCUCAUUUUGAAAAAUGUACAUGCAUUACAGCUAUGUGGCCUCUCUUUAGCCACACUUUACAGAUCCAGGCUUUCUUUAUUUGAAAGAACACCUGUAUUUGCACUUUAUUCAAAAAAAGACUUUCUUUUUAUAGUGCACCCUUAAGAUAGAGCUCCUCUACAGAGGGGCGUUUGUAUUGUACAGUUUGUUCAUCACCUUCAAUAAUGUACUUCGCUUCUUUAUUUUUCUUUAAAUUUCUUUUUUUGCAUGUGGGUCUAGCCAUUGUUUACUAACAUCGGCUGCUUUGGCCAAAGUUUUCAAAUUACGCACAGCUUAUGACCAGAGAUGGGAGGUUUAAGAAAUGCUUGUUUCUGAUCUGGAAGAAAAAUUUAAAAAGCCGUAUAUUUUUUUACAGAAUUCCAGAUCUUAUUCAUAACACUAAAAGCGUGGAACAUUUUCUUAUGCUAUUCUGGUGCAUCUGAUGCUGAAACAUCUGCUCGUUUCUCUUGGUGUCAUUUCUUCCACCCCUCCACACACACACACACACCCCCCCCCAAAAAAAAAAAUUUGUGUAUACUAUGUUAGGGAUGAUAAAAGGUUUUUUUUGUCAUGAUAUUUCCUGUGAGGAAUGCAUUUUUUUUGGCAUUAGAUGACUACAUUUUGUUAAGAUCAACACCAGUGUUUUGUAGCCAGAUCAAAUUUUAUCUUUACCCUAUGUGUUUUUAACACAUUCUUAAACUGUAGAAAUGGUAGGUUGAGUUUUUUAAAAGACCAUCUGCAUUGUACUACUUGGUUUAUUUAAUAUAUUGAGUACCAAAAUGCUUCUUGUAUGUCAUUAUCUGAAAUUACUUUCACUAUUAUUACCAUCAGUGUUGCAGAAUGCAAAUAUCUGAGCACAUGGAGCCCAAAUUAGAAUGGUUAAAAAUUUGUGGUUGUGCCGUUAAAUCUUUUCACAGUACAGGUGGACAUUAUACAAUGGUUUCAUAUGCUUACCAUUAUUUGCUGAGAUCCGAGUUGGACAAGAGGGAAGAUGCACCAAGAUUGUGUGCCUGUGAACAUUUCAGGUUAAUGAAAUUCUAGAGACAACUUCUGAGUAUUCAUUUAGGAGUACUAUUGUAUUUGCUGCUGUUCAACAUAUCUGCUGAUUGGUUUCUGUGAAAUGUAUUAAUGUCCCAAUUCUUGUUGAAACCAAAUGUAAAUCAAAUUGCAUCUUUUAUGAAACACGUGUUCGUAAUUUUUACAGGAGUUAAAAAUGCAGAUCAGGAGCUACCAAUUUUGAUUUUUUUUAAAUCUGAAUAACAAAACCAAUUACUAUGCCUUUGAAAUGCUUGUCUGCCAGAUGGAAGGUCUGUAGUGUUGGAACUUUAGGAAUCUAGGAAUGUAGUGAAUCAUAACACCAGUACAGAUUUUCUUUCUUGCUUGCUCCUCUUCAUCUAAGUUGAAUCUGGAUUAACUUCUGCUUUCUGGUUACUAGCUAUUGCUGCAAGUGACAUACUAUUGUAAAGUUUUUAAGGUGGUUUGCUAAGGUGGCGGGGAGAGGCAGGGAAAUUGCUGAUAAACUUUUUUUUAGCUCUCCCUUUUGAUGUAUGUGUGUGCACAUUUUGCAAAUCUUUAUACUAUAUGCUUCGGCACCAUUUGUAGAGACUACUAGGAAUGAAGUAUUAUUAGGAUAGUUAAAAACAAAAAGUAUAUAAUAAAAAUCUGAAAUGCCUAUCUAGGAAUAGUAAAGACAGCCCUUUUUCUUACAGUAGAGUUGCAUUGGAUAUGCUAUUUAUUAAAACUAAUGUGCAAGAGAUCAUGCAUUGACUUUGCAGGGGUUAGGAUAAAAUAAUGUUGAGGUUAAAAUAAUUGAGUGCCUGUCUCAUGCUACUAAGAAAUAGUUUAAUUCUUUGAAUUGGGGAAAAAAAAUACUGAUUUGUAAAAAUUGUAUUAUGCAUUGUGGAUGUUUUGAGAGUUAUAAAUGUCUUACUCAAUCUACAUUUAAAUUCAAGGAUAUGUUUUUACUUUAAAAGUUAAAAGCAUCCAACUUGAAAAUCUGAUUUAAAAACAAACUUCCAGUUUGACACAUGACACAUCUCAGUUUUUACUUCAAUCCUGUCAGAUUUUUGAGACCUUGUUUCAUAUUGUCUGAACAAAAUAACAAAGUAGGCUUGGAAAACUGACCUUUUAAAUUUAAACAAUGGAAAAAAUAUAGCAUCUGCAAUAUAAUCCUUUGGAAAUGAAAGAUUGAAUUGUGCAGGAGAGCUAUGAGUGACAGCACUUCACUUAAGAUCAAAGGGAAAAGAUGUGAAAAUAGUUACUACAUGUAGAUGUGAAAAAUUUCAUCUGUAUUAAUCAAUUAAAUGCUAUCCAAACAAAGACCAACUAAUUGUUUAAAUUUAUGCUAUUGAAGUAGCAAGAUGUUAACAUGAGACACAUUGUGAGUCCGGCAAUCUGACAUGUUUUUAGCCCCUGUUGGAUUGAUGAUGGGAAUGGCAUUGACUCUGUGUGACAGCAAUGGAAAUCUGUUUGGAGUAGAACACUUUUGACAAAAUGUCACCAGUUCUGAAUGGAGCAAGUAAUGUAUGCAUUUUAUCUUUUAAGCAACUAGUAUAAAUAAAAUGUUCGCAAAGUA